CUCUUUUACUGGAACAGCAGCGCAUUCAUCAGCUCAGAAACUACCAGGCAUCCAUGGAAGCUGCUGGCAUUCCAGUAUCCUUUAGUGGACAUCGGCCACUUUCUCGAGCUCAAUCAUCACCUGCUUCUGCCAAUUUUCCAUUAUCCACACAGGAGACACCGUGUAAGCCACAGUUCACAACAGGCCUUGUAUAUGACACCUUGAUGCUGAAACACCAGUGCGUUUGUGGAAACACAAACAGUCAUCCAGAACAUGCAGGGAGAAUCCAAAGCAUUUGGUCACGGCUUCAGGAAACAGGUCUUCGUAGCAAGUGUGAGUGUAUCCGUGGAAGAAAAGCAACUCUAGAAGAAUUACAGACUGUGCAUUCAGAAGCACACACACUGAUUUAUGGUACCAACCCGCUGAACAGACAGAAAUUGGACAGCAGGAAACUGUUAGGCUCUCUGACAUCACUGUUUGUCAGGCUUCCAUGUGGUGGCAUUGGGGUGGACAAUGAUACAAUUUGGAAUGAAGUGCAUUCAUUCAGUGCUGCUCGUCUUGCUGUUGGCUGUGUCAUAGAACUUGUAUUUAAAGUAGCUACAGGAGAACUAAAGAAUGGAUUUGCUGUAGUUCGACCUCCUGGUCACCAUGCAGAAGAAAGUACCCCUAUGGGUUUUUGCUAUUUUAACUCGGUAGCCAUUUCCGCCAAACUUCUCCAGCAGAGACUGAACGUAAACAAAAUCCUUAUAGUCGAUUGGGAUGUACAUCAUGGAAACGGUACACAACAAGCUUUCUACAGUGAUCCCAAUGUCCUUUAUAUUUCACUACAUCGCUAUGAUGAUGGAAACUUCUUCCCAGGCAGUGGAGCCCCUGAUGAGGUUGGCAUAGGAUUGGGUAUUGGUUUUAAUGUAAAUAUUGCAUUUACUGGUGGUCUUAAUCCACCAAUAGGAGACCCAGAAUACUUGACUGCUUUCAGAACAAUAGUAAUGCCUAUUGCUCAUGAGUUUGCUCCAGAUAUUGUACUGGUGUCAUCAGGUUUUGAUGCAGUAGAAGGUCAUCCUGCACCCCUUGGGGGAUAUAAUCUAUCGGCAAAAUGCUUUGGAUACCUCACCAAACAGCUUAUGGGGCUGGCUGGAGGACGAAUCAUUCUGGCUCUUGAAGGAGGUCAUGACCUAACAGCCAUUUGUGAUGCAUCUGAAGCAUGUGUCUCUGCCUUGCUAGGAAAUGAGCUUGAUCCUAUUCCUGAAAAAAUAUUACAGCAGACAGCAAAUGUUAAUGCAGUGCAUUCCAUUGAGAAGGUCAUUGAAAUACACAGUAAAUAUUGGCAUUCGCUCCAACAUUAUUCUUCAACAGUCAGUUAUUCUUUGAUAGAUGCACAGAAGUGUGAUAAUGAAGAAGCAGAAACCGUAACAGCAAUGGCAUCUUUGUCAGUUGGAGUUAAACCACUUCCUGAGAAAAAGCUAGAUGAGGAGCCUAUGGAAGAGGAUCCUCUUCUGUAGCAUACUCCUGGUUUGAAAUGCUCCAGUGAAAUUCAUCUUGUCUUUGAAGGCCUGCCAAGAAGCUUUCUCUUGUUAUACCUGCAUCCUGCCCUGAUUUUCUUCCAGAAAGGCAGCCAUGUUGAAAAACAGCCUAAUUACUCCGUAUUGUAAUUGUAUGGAUUAUGCUCAUGGAAAAAAAAAUGCAGGUGAAGAACAGCAAUAUGAAUUACAGACACACUGAGUGAUCUUCCUUUUUUCCUCAAUGGAAGCUAUAAGAGGCAAGAUACCAGGGAAGUAUCUAGUUGUCAGUUUUUGCUGUUGUUUCAAAAUCAAAGAGUUAACAUGUAUGUGACAAUUUUCAUUUAAAACUGGUGCUUAACAUUUAAUUACAUUAAGACUACUCAAAGUAAAUUCUACUUUUGUUUCAGUAUUUUUGUGAUUCUUGCGUACUUGUGAAUAAGAGUUCUUCAAAACUCAGACCCUGAGGAGGGUUGUUUUUCUUCUUGUGAAGGGUAAAAAGAAAACUAAGCUUUUAUAUAUUCAUUCAAACUAUAUAAAUGUGAAGAGGGAGAAAGAUAGCCAGAAAAGGGAUUGGCUUUGGCAUUGCCAGAGCCAUUGGAAGAGUUUGUGCCUUUUAAAAUAAUAGACUGAUUUGGGCAGCUGUUUUUUCCUGACAUUUUUUGAGUAAUUAUGCCUUAAAGAAAAGAACUUUGCAGCAGUUCCUCUGGCAGAGAAAGCCAAGAAUUGCAUUCUGUAAGAAAGAUUCUAGGAUUUCUGCUAGCACGAUUAUUUAAAGCAAGCAAAGGCCAGAGCUUCUCCCAAACAGUCUACAACCUUAUUUUGAUUUUUCUUUCCUUGCUGUUUAAUUUUUUUAAAAAUUAAGGUAGUUGCCAGUAAUAUGGCAAAUGCUGUUGGGUUUCUUAAGUUCAUUGAUUUUUAAAAAAUCCAACAUCUUCUUCUAUACAUUAUGUAUAACAAAUUAUCAAUUUGGUUGUAAAGGCAUGCACAAAUACAAUUGCAAUUUUUUUAAAAAAUGGAAUGCUUUUUAUUAAAAGCAGAUUGCAUGGGAUAUUGCUUAAUUUUUUAGGUAUAAAUAUUUAUGUACGCUGUAUAAUGAAUAAUAUAAAUAUAUUCCAAACUUAGGAAAAUGACUCUUACAAAUUAUUAAUUAAAUAUUUAUAAUGCAUUUAUAUUAACUAUAUGAAUAAGUGGCAACCAUUGGAAACUCCUUCCAAAGGAUUUGUGGAUUGAAAGGUUAAGAUCUAGUUAAAAUGCCCAUUUUCAAAGUGCAGUUUGGAACAUUAAAAUGCCUAACAUUUUAGCCACUGGGCAACUACCCAACAUAUUGUUAUUUAACUUUUAAGUUCUUCAAUGUUGGCCCUCUUUUAACAAACAAAGUAUUUCUGGCAAAUAUUUGUUUGCUACUGCUUUAUUUUCACAUUAGUUUUUCAGAUAAGGGCCAAUUAUUUGCAUUGAUUUUCAUGUUUGGUUUUCAUUUGAGAACUCUGUUUCCAGACAUUAUUUCCUGGACUUACAUAAUUUCUCCUUGGACACUGAAGUUUGCAUAUUUCCAGAUUUUUGUACAGAAAACACUUUUCCUAAUCUUGUGCAUGUUGCAAACUGAUAUGUAUUAUUUUCAGCAUAUUCUUUUCUCAAAAGGAAGGAUUUCACAGUCAUUUUUAAGAUCACAAAUUGAUUGUAUAAUUUCUCAGUUAUUCAGUUGUAGUUGUUAUGCUACCUAAAGAAAAUGAUAAACUUUCAUCUCUUAAAAGCUGAUUAGUAUUAUAAAGAAUAAUGUAUAUUUUCAAUGGCAAGGAUUAUUAAAGGCAUUAAUUUAAAUAAGUUGAAAGAUUGCAAUAUUCUGUUGGUACAAUUAAUACUGAGCAAAUACACAUUACUGUGCUUAAAUAAUCCCUUUAAAGAAUACUUCAAAAUAAAUUAAUAAUAAUAAGGUUUUUUGAGAGUAUGUUAAUCUUCACCAUAAUCUCUUCUACAUUGUUUUUAAAUGAGAGAAGUUGGCCCUCUUGGUGCAGCUGCUUAAAUUUUUAGCAGGGAAAUUAUAAGAGAUUAUUUUUUUUCUAAAGAAACUUUUUUUGUUAUAUUAACUGACAGAGUCAAUUUAUAAUUAUGUAGUUUUGAAAAGCUUUUUUUUUUCUUUCAUUCCAUUAUGACUGGAGUUGUGAGAAUGUAAACAUAAAUUUCAAUGAGUACAGAAGAGCUUUAAGAGUUUAUUUAAUGCAAAAGUUAAUAUGCAAUUUUUAAAGCAGACACUACAAUAUUAAUGUUCAUGCUAACCCAAAUAUGGUUUCUUUUUGGCAUUAGAACUUCCAAGAGCAUACUCUAAGAGUAAAGAUUGAUGAUAAAGAUAAAAUGUAUAUUUUAUAAAAUGCUUUGCUGCUGUGCUCUAAAAAGAUUUUUGUGUGAAAUUACUUGGUUUUGUAUUUUGUUAGUUUACUUUGUUAUUAUAAUUGAUAAAAAGUGUUGAUUUCUGUGAUCACUACAAUUUCAAAUCUAUUUUAUAUUUGAACAUCAAAAUGGUCAAAAAUUAUUUUUGUCACAAAAAAUAUUAGUCUGCAUCAAUAGUGUUAAUAUGGUUGGUUUUAAUGUUACUUUUAAGAGUAUUCAUUUGUUACUUUCAAAUUGCUACAUCUUUGGGAGUGAAAAUCUUUUCUGAAGUCAGAAAGAAUUUUGGUAUAUGUCAUUUGCCCUAUAAUUUAUUAAUUUCUGUUUAAAAUAGAUAUCCCCUAAUCACUGUAAGCCUGAAACUGGAUUUAUUCUGCAGUUAUUCUAGGAGAGAAAAGAUAUGCAUGUUGGGAAGAUUGAAAUAAUUUUAAUUAAUAAAAGCAUACAUAAGGAAGGCUUCUGGGCUCUGUGAAUAAACAAAAAGCUCAGUCUAGACUAUGUAUCUUCAAUUACAGUUUUUUAUAUUCUAUAAGGAAAAGGUACCUGAGUUCCACCAGCAGGAUUCCGUAUGUUUUUUGAUUAACCCAGUUUUGAAGGUAAAGAGUGAUUUCCUAAAAUUCUGUUACAAAAUAGGAGCAUGUUCAAAGAGAAUUAUCUACAAGUGAGUUUCACAGUGUAAUAGAAUAGAUCAUAAUUAUUUUACAUUCAGUACAUACGAACAUUCCUUUUUAUUAAUCAUGUCAACUCAUUCCAGUUUUCCUUUUAUAAAAUUUUGGGCCCACAUUUUUUGGGCAUUGAUUAAAUAUAUGAAUAUAUAUUUUUUAAGUUUCCUAUACUUUGAGGUUGCAUGGUCUACUAGGUUGGCAUGUCUUUAUAUUGUAAACAGAUUUUGCACGCCACCCUUGGCAGCUAUGGGAUAAAGCUUUCUGAAUGGUAUUAGCAAGAUAUACAAGUUGGGUAGCUUUGUGUCACACAAAAAUAAGAGGCAUGGAAAAGGGAAGCCUAAUUAACACAUCUGAUUAAGGACCUAUGGUUUUAUCAUAAAAUU